AUGGCGACGGCGGCGGCGGUGUGGGAGGAGGAGGCGGAGGUGGAGAGGCCGAUGCUGGAGGACGAGAGGAAGGGGAAGCAGGGCAAGGGGCGGCGCUACGGCCUGGUCGACUACCGGGCGCUGCCGGCCUACAUGCGGGACAACGAGUACAUCCUGCGCUACUACCGCUGCGAGUGGCCGCUCCCGCAGGUGCUCCUCUCCGUCUUCUCCAUCCACAACGAGACCCUCAACGUCUGGACGCACUUGAUUGGAUUCUUCAUCUUCCUUUCUUUGACCAUAUACACUGCAACAAAAGUUCCAAAUGUGGAUCUUCAUAGCCUGCAGAAUUUACCUGACAUACUUAGGAAUGCUGAUCUUCAUAAGAUUCAGGCAGAGCUUGCGGCAUGCCUUCCUUCAUUACCUCACUUUUCUGAUCUACAAAAGAUGAAGGAUGAAUUGAGAAGCUCAUGGAAUUCUAUCGAUGUGCUUCCGUCAUUAUCUCGUUGGCGUCUCUUGGAAUUACUCUCAAAUUGCUUGCCGGACAGAUUUACCCAUUCCAAUGAAACUAAUCUUUCUGUUCUUGUAAGUAGUCAACAACUUAUCUAG